AUGCCGCACUGUCUCACCUUCAUCGACUUGAAGAAGGCCUUUGAAUCAGUUGGUCAGGGUGACACAAUCUCACCCAAAAUAUUCACAGCCACCCUCGAGAACGCAAUGCGAAAGUUGGAAUGGGACGACAUGGGAGUGAAGGUCGACAGUCGGCAGCUACACUAUUUGCGCUUUGCUGACGACAUCGUUCUGAUAACACCUAGCAUCAGCCAAGCGGAACGAAUGCUGACCGAAUUCGACGAAACAUGUGGAUGCAUCGGUCUUCAGCUGUAUCUACAAAAGACGAUAUUCAUGCGGAACGGAUGGGUCUCGGAUGCCCCAUUCACGCUCAACGGAACAAACAUAUCCGAAUGCACCAGCUACGUUUAUCUGGGUCGGGAAUUGAACAUGAUGAACGACCUGACUCCCGAGCUGGGCAGGAGGAGACGAGAGGCUUGGGGAGAGUAUAAGAGCAUCGAUGAUGGAGUGAAGAAGACCAGGAACACCCGGCUCCGUGCUCACCUCUUCAACACCACCGUACUUCCUGCUUUGACCUAUGCUUCGGAAACCUGGGCAUUUCGCAAACAGGAAGAAAACGCGGUGAGCGUCUUUGAACCUAGGACCUUGAUGCUAGGAGUAUCCCGUUUCACGCAAGUGAGGGACGGUAUUCGAAGUUCUCUCCUACGUCAGCGGUCGAAGAUUAGAGACACCGCCGCGUUUGCCAAGGAAAGUAAAAUAAGGUGGGCCGGACACGUGAUGCGCUUUAACGACAACCGUUGGACCAGAGCCGUGAGCGACUGGGUUCUCCGCGCACUACAGGAAGAACGCCGACCCUGUGGUCAGAUUUCUUCAUGA